AUGGAUGAAUUGAAUUUGAACUCUGCUUGGUAUGACAUCAAGAUUAUCUAUCAUUACCCACAAGAAGUUCUUCAUGAACAGAUAAAUUACGAGUAUAUGGCGAUCAAAGAAGAUAAACAUGUAAAGAUGAUAUUUAAUAGGAUCCAGAAAAUGCCCCAAGUAAAUGCUGCUGAGUUGUACAUAAGUUCAGAGCCGCUUGCAGAAGUUGAUACUGAGGUGGUGCAACAAACAACUAUGUCUUUACAAUUUACAACCCUAAAUGAUGGAUGCACUACAAUGGGAGGUUAUACGUUCCCAUCUCAAGAUCAUGUUGCCAAUACUAGUGAAACCCUCCAUCUUGAAGAGACACAUUUAGAGGAGGAAGACGAAGACGAAGACGAAGAUCAUGCUGCGAAUGAUGGUGAAAAUAUUGAUGAUGUGGAUGAGUAUGAAGAGAGGAUUGACCAAGGUGACUUUGAGAAUGAUGUGGAUGACCAUGAAGUCGUUGCCAAUUUUGAAGAGGAAAAUAUGGAGUAUCAUGAUAAAGGUGAUGCAGACGAAGAUAUUGGCGUUUAG